AUGUCAAGGCCUGUUGAGAGAAUAGCAGAGAUCAAUGAUGGAAAAGAGCUUUGGAAGAUUGUUGUUAGGAUUCACCACAGAUGGAAUGUUGUCUCCAACAACAAGGGACAUUUUGAAAUGAUCUUUGUUGACAAAUUGGGAGAUGAUAUUCAUGCUGUUGUUCCAGCACCGCAUGUGUCGGUGUUCACCGAAAAAUGCUUAUUAGGGCAUACUUAUACUCCGUGUGAAAUUAAUAAAUUUAUUUCAGAUGUCGUUGGAAUGGUGGAUAGUAUUGGUUAUGCACAGACUGAGUCGGGUGCAAAGAAGCAGCAAAUUAGCAUGAUGUUGCGUGACCAUAGGUUUGUUUUUUUUAUACAUUAG